CUUGUUUUGCUGGUUAUGUCCCUGCAUUUCUUUCAGAGAAUGUCUGAAUGUAUCCAGCUCUCAUUUGCUGUUUGUAGAAUUGGCAUUUACACGUGUUUUAGAGGACUUUGCUGCAAGGGACCACCUCCUCCACGACCCGAGUAUGACUUGGUUUGUAUAGGUCUCACGGGUUCUGGCAAGACAAGUCUACUGUCACGGCUUUGCAGUGAGAGUCCAGAGAAUAUAGUGUCUACAACAGGCUUUAGCAUAAAAGCUGUGCCGUUCCAGAAUGCCAUCUUGAAUGUAAAGGAACUUGGAGGGGCUGACAAUAUCAGGAAGUACUGGAGUCGUUACUACCAAGGAUCCCAAGGGGUAAUAUUUGUGUUAGACAGUGCAUCCUCUGAAGAUGAUCUAGAAACUGCUAGGAAUGAACUGCAUUCUGCUCUUCAGCACCCGCAGUUAUGUACUUUGCCAUUUUUGAUAUUGGCUAAUCAUCAAGACAAGCCAGCAGCUCGCUCAGUACAAGAGAUCAAAAAAUAUUUUGAACUCGAACCACUUGCUCGAGGAAAACGCUGGAUUCUUAAACCCUGUUCCCUGGAUGAUAUGGAAGCAGUAAAAGACAGCUUCACCCUUCUGAUAAAUUCGCUAGAAGAGAGAGACCUCGAGCCUUCAAGAAUGUGAAAAGCUAGGCAAGAAGACUGGUUGUCCAAUCAUCAUUGUACCUGUUCAUUCUGCUCACAGUUUAAUUUUGAUGUGGUAACAAGGUAUCCACUCUGUAUUAUGCCAUACAGUAAAUAAAUAGUGCAGGAUGUCUUUUUUAUUGCAAUGAAUGGUCUGUCAGUCAGGUACAUGAUUAUUUCCAGUAAAGUUGUCUACACUACUGAAAUAGGGAGUUCCUCUUUGUUUACCACUAAUUCUGCACACUGCAUGUUGCUUUCAUUAAUUAAUUAAUGCAUUGCCAUUAAUCUGUCAUUGAUAAGGAAUUUUGCACGCACAAAAUCCAUCUCUAAAGGAUCAAUACUACCAGUUAUUUUUUCUGAAAGUAAUAGUGUCCUAAGAAUUUGUGGAUAUUACUUUGUGUUAGUCCGUGGGUCAGCAAACAAGCUGUCUGGAAAGCAUAGCUGCUGAGAGCACCAGUAAAUUAUCUUUACAAGCCAACAGUGUCUUGUUGAUGCAGAGUUUAGACUAAAGCCUUACUGAAUGAAAUCACAAGUCACUUGUUGGAUGAUUGCUAUUCAAACAUAUAAUUUUUAACCCUUUCAAAGAAAUGCCUACCCUUUUGUUGGGAGUUUCUUAAAGGCGAAAUGAAGGCACAAAGACAGUGUGCAUACAUAUCAGUAUUUCUUUCAUAUUUCUAAUUUUCUUGAGAACAGAGCCUACGUAAAACACAAUCUAGUGGGUAAUAUUUUUAAAAAUUUAAAUAGGGUUAGCAAAGGUGAUUUGAGAGCAGCAAGAAUAAAUGUAUUUUAAGUCAGCACUGGAUGCAUUCUAUGGAUUUAGCCUGAAGUGUGACAGGUUUUAAAUAAGGGAUCUCCUUUAUCAUUCACUCAUAACAUGCUAUGAUUAUCACAACUGUGCCAGCAUCUCUAGCCCAUGGCUACACGUUGGCCAGUGUUUCUGUAAUAAACCCUCUUUUUUCAAGAACUUGUCCUUAGAAAUUUGCUCUAGGCUAGCUCUAAAGAAAAACACAAUAAAAAACUGUAUAGAACAUAAACAGGGUUUAAAAAAUGGGGAAGAAAAAACACAUUUAAUUACAGAAAUCCUCUCACCAAACUUAUCCCAAGUUUGCAGGGCUCAGAAGUAGUUGGGCAGUUGCAGAAUAAUUUUAACAAAUCGUUUCUGUUAACUAACUUGUUGAGCCGCUGGUUCACAGCAUAAGAAGGCACAGCAGGUUGUAUAGACAUCCACAGAACACAGAUACAUACCUUGGAUGAUGUACUUUGUGCAUUCAGCCACCCAAAUGCACAGGUAUCCAUCUAAGGUACACACUGCAGUGACUUGCCGAGGGUGUUACAAAUCCAUCUAGACUCUGCUUUUUUAUGUUUUAAAGAAUACUCUUGAACAGUUUUACCAAGCUUUACUGAGCAGCAUAUUCUUCCACUUCUAAAGUUUAUUCUUCAAUGUUUUUAAAAAUAUACUUUGUUAACUGAAAUAGAUUUUUUUACAUUUUAAGUUUCCUUGACCUUAGUGGAUAGCUUCUUCAGUAUAAACUGCUUCCCUGCAGCCCAUUUUGAGAUAAGGACGUGGUCUAAUGGUUCCAGCUGCAACUCACUGGCUAUUGUCAAAGUGAUAUUGGACCUAUUGAGCAGUUCCUAUUUUAUUCUAUAAUAGAGACCAAGAAUUCCAGUAACCAAAGCACCGGAGUCUGCUCCCAAAGGGGUCCCUGAGCUUGUUUGCCUUUUCUUCUCUUCUGCCAUCACUUAAUCCUGUCCUUCCUCAAAGCCUCUCUUUUACAGAUACCCAAAAACUUGAAAUGGUUAUGUUUUAAGGACGAAAUCAGGAUCCCAAAGUCAGCUCACUGAAGGGCUAUGACCUGAGGCACUGGAAAAUGCUCAGCUCAUAGUCCCUUAGUUCCUGGUGUCCACCUGUGGUGGACCCCCUUUAUUUGUUCUGAAGCUGCAUUAAGACCUUAGCCAGAGUUCCUGCUCUUCCCUUCCAACCUGCAUAAACAGCUUAAAAUUCCCAGGUUUCUGCAAAAGAAGCUGAUUUGAAGAGAGACUGUAGUAAGGAAGAUGAAUUUGGGGUAGCAGGGAAGGAAAGCAGCUUUGGGGGGCAAGGAAAGAGGAAGGAUUAUAAUUUUUUUUUUUUUUGCUUUUCAAUUGGAAAUAAGAUAGAAAUAAUUGCUUUACUAUUUUCUCCCUUAUUCCUAAUCUUAAAAGCAGUAGACCAAGCCCAUGGACCAACUCCACUGACUUCCUCAGAGCUAUAUUCACCAUAUUGAGCAGUGAAUUUGGCCCAACAAAGAUAGGGAUUUUGAUUUUGUUUUGAUCAUAAAGUUGUUAUGCACCAUUGGAAGGUGCUACAAGGCCAUGACAUCAAAAGGCUCAGUUAGCCAAUGAGAAUGUGACUUUGGCCUUACUCUGAUGUACAGUAGAAUAGGACCUUUUGAUGUUUAAUUCCUUUCUUUAGGAAAAUGCCACAUGCACAGGAGUAGCAUGUGGCAUUUUCUUUUUAAUAAUUUCUUUUUGAAUAAUGAUUUUCAGUAUGCAUAUUCUUAACUGUUAUAAUCACUUCAUGCUCCAGGUUGAAACAAUACCUCAUAACUGCUUAAGGAUUUAACACAGAUGCUUAACUUUACUUUGAAUGUAGUUCUUUUUUGCUUCUGUGUUGUGGCUUUAAAUGGAUCUCUAGCUUUUAAAUGGUUAAAUACUUUCACCUUUUUAUGGAGGGAUUAAAACAAUUCAUAGCAGUUUAUAUCACACUUUAGACCAAAAAAAUGUUCUUGAAUAUUCUUAAUGCAGUGGAAUCUAUGAACACCACACUUCUUAUUCAGAUGACCAAUCUCAAUUACAGAUUUAUCUUUUUCCUGUUUAUUCAUCAUUUAGAUGAGAUAAAUUCAGUCACUUGAAGCCACUUUUCAUGUAAGUUCAUUAAACAGCGAAUAUUGUCUUUUUUUAUAAAGAUAUUGUGCUUCA